AUUAAAAAAAAAAAAAAAACAGCUCAGAGAAAUCAAAAUCAGCAAAGACAAGAUCAAAACUCAGUUCGGCGAUGAAGGAAUCAAAGGGGAAGAAGGGAAAGGCCGUGGUGGUGGGCGGCAGCAUAGCAGGACUAUCAUGCGCACACGCGCUGAUCGCCGCCGGUUGGCAAGUGGUGGUACUGGAGAAAACAAGCUCCCCUCCGACGGGCUGCGCCACCGGUGCCGGACUCGGACUCGAUCCCCUGGCUCAGAAACUCAUUAACUCAUGGCUCAAAGAACCUCAGAUCCUUGACUGCGCCACCUUGCCCCUCACCAUUGAUCAAAACCAAGUGACAGAUGGCAACAAGAAGAUCAACAGGAUGCUCACAAGAGAUGAGAACUUCAAUUUUAGAGCAGCAUAUUGGUCUGUUCUGCAUAGCCUUUUAUACAAAGCAUUACCACCGGAAAUCGUUCGAUGGGGACACACAUUCCUCUCCUACAGCGUUUCCGAUGACAAAACUCGUGUCAGCGUAAAGUCUAAAUCUUUGCAAACCGGUGAUAUAAUUGAUGAUGUUGGUGAUUUGCUUAUUGCAGCUGAUGGUUGUCUCUCUUCUAUACGUCGGAGUUUCUUACCGGAUCAUAAAUUAAGGUAUUCAGGUUAUUGUGCGUGGAGAGGGGUCUUUAAUUUUUCGGACGAUGAGAAUUCGGAAACCAUUCUUGGCCUUAAGAAGGCUUUCCCUGACCUUGGGAAAUGCUUAUAUUUCGACCUCGGUUUAGGAACUCAUACUGUUUUUUACGAGCUGAUGAACAAAAGGAUCAACUGGAUUUGGUAUGUUAAUCAACCGGAGCCACAACUUAAGGGAAAUUCGGUAACGAUGAAAGUGAGCCCUGAUAUGAUCGAAGAAAUGCACGCAGCAGCAGAGAGGGUUUGGGUGCCUGAGUUGGUAAAAGUAAUACGAGAAACGAAAGAGCCAUUCUUGAAUGUGAUAUACGACAGUGAACCUUUAGACAGAAUUGUUUGGGACAAUGUUGUCUUGAUUGGAGAUGCAGCUCAUCCGACUACUCCUCACGGUUUGAGAAGCACAAACAUGUCGAUUCUUGAUGGUGCAGUACUAGGAAAAUGUCUCGAGAAAUGGGGAGUCGAGAAUUUACCCUCGGCUCUUGAAGAAUAUGAAUUUACUCGUGUGCCAGUUGUCUCGGAGCAGGUUCUGUUUUCAAGAAGAUUAGGGCGUAUUAAGCAAGGUUUAGCCCUACCUAAUCGUGUCGAUCAGCCCUUUGAUCCGAUUAUAGCAAGUCAAGAAGAAUGCGAGGAGCUGCAGCAAAAGAAUAUGCCCUUUUUAUUAGAUAUUCCUUCUAUUAUUCUCGGUGAGAUUAUAUAGUUGGAGAAUUGACCUUUGGCUGUUGUUCUAAUUGAUACGAAAUCAUGAAAUGGAACGAUGGAAUUUGUCGUGUGACUAU